AUGGAGUUCAUUAUCAGGCGUAAGACGUGGAUCGACUCUGAAAAACUGUUAAUCCCCGUCAAAGCCCUUGUCUCAAGAGGAAACCUGUCGAGAUUCGAGAUUCGGCCAGAUCGCAUCCCAACCUCCACGCGCAGCGUUAUCGUGCUGCCUCAGGACGCUCUCGCCGAACUCGACUACGAAAAGGAGGUCUGCGAUCUUCGGCCGCUCGACCAGUCCGGCCCACAUCCGUCGGCCGUUCCUGAGGCUCAAGACAUCCCGGUCGCAUGGUCCCACCCCAUCCCCCGGUGGGCCAUUCGGUUCCAGCCGUGUGGUACUAGUCCGGCCAUGCCCAGCAAGUGUCUUGUUCUAGCCUAG